GAACGCUUUUAUUUGACCAAUCAAAAACUGUCUUGCACUGCAGUCAUGGAAACACAAGGCUUGGUAGCCUUCUCUUUUACCUGUUACCUGCGCGAUCCUCCGCAGCAGGUUCUGCUAUAGGCUGGAGAGGAGUUUAGCUUCACUGCAAGAAUUAGAGGCUGCUGCGUUUGCCCGCGUUAGUGGCUGCUCGCUGGAAGUUCCCUGCUCAUGUAAUGCAUUCACUCACUCAGGAAAUCAGAGGCUUUUCCAGGAAUAAUCUGAGGAAGCAAUGUACAAGGGUAACAACUUUAACUGGGAAGAGACUUAUAGAGACAUGGCAAGAUGCCCGAGUGCACGUGGUGGAAGAAGCAGAUCCAAGUGAUGGGUUCGGUUGCGGUUAUGUGCAGGACCUUAGCUUGGAUCUGCAAGUUGGCGUUAUUAAGCCCUGGUUGCUGCUAGGAUCACAAGAUGCUGCUCAGGAUCGGGAGACACUGAAAAAAUAUGGGGUUACUCAUGUCCUAAAUGUGGCAUAUAGAGUUGAAAAUGCCUUCCCCAAUGACUUUAUAUACAAGAACAUUUCUAUACUGGAUCUCCCAGAGACUGACAUCACAUCGUAUUUCCCAGAAUGUUUUGAGUUUAUUGAGCAAGCCAAGAUGCAGGAUGGAGUGGUGCUGGUUCAUUGUAAUGCAGGAGUUUCUCGUGCUGCCGCAAUUGUAAUUGGUUUUCUAAUCAAUUCAGAAGGACUCAAUUUUGCUCGAGCAUUUUCUUGGGUGAAAAAUGCCAGACCUGCUAUCUGUCCGAAUCCUGGCUUCAUGGAGCAGCUUCACAAGUAUCAACAGCAUAGUAAAAAGGCAAACGGAAGCAUAAAUGAUCUCAAAUGAUAACAGGAGAGAAAUGCAACAAUCCCUGUGGUUAUAUUUUAACAGACGUGUUGGCAUAUCAUACCUUAAAACAGGGCUACUCAGCCCGCGGCCCGUUUGUUUGCAGCCCACAGUGCGGUUUGGAUUUAUGUGGGGCUCAACAUGCAGCCCUGCAGGUGGGAGCCAAAACAAAAAAGUAGUCAAUAUAAUGGUCUUCUGCUGAUACAGGCAGUCCCCG